AUGACUUCUUUAAAGGAUUAUCUUACUAAUCUAUUAAUAACAAAUGCCAAAAUACAAUUUGCAUUGACAGCUUUAAGUGCUUCAAUCUUAACAGGAUUAUCUAUUUUUUCAUAUCAAUCAUAUCAAAGGGAUCAAAAGACCAAAGCACUCAAACGUGAGUUUAAAUCAUUACCCCCAUCGACUGCUCUAAUCAAUCACAGAAUCCGUGAUAUUAACGAGUUGCUAAAAGAUGAUAGCGAGACAGAGAAAUACGAAGAGAAAAUUAUUAGAGAACAGUUAACUAGAAAUAUAUCAUUCCUUGGGGAAGAAGGUGUUGAAAAGUUGAGAAAAUCUUUUGUAAUCAUAAUUGGAGCUGGUGGUGUUGGUUCAUGGGCAAUUUUAAUGUUAAUACGUUCAGGUGUUGAACACAUUAGGAUUAUAGAUUUUGAUCAAGUCACAGUAAGCAGUUUAAACCGACAUGCUGUAGCAACUCAUGCAGAUGUUGGUUUUUCAAAAGUCAUCGCAUUAAAAAAACAUUUAAAACAAAUAGCUCCUUGGGCAAAAGUUGAGGCUGUUACUGAAAUUUUUAACAGUAAAAGUGCACCAAAACUUUUAUCUGGGAAUGCUGAUUUCAUUGUUGAUGCUAUUGAUAAUAUCGAUACAAAACUUGCCUUACUUAAAUAUUGCCAUGACAAUGAACUUCCAGUAAGAAAGAAUAUUGAGCUAGAUUAUAUUUAA